AUGGGAAAGCUCAUCAAGAACCACUUGGCCCGUCUCAUCGUCAUGACAGCAGCAACAUAUCACAUCGCCGCCAGCCUCCACGGCUUCUUCUGGCCCAAAUUCUUCUUCGACUUCUUGACCAAAAACUUUGAUGGCGCCGUCAAACCUGUACCCAUACUACAAACCAUAAACCUCAUAUUCGGCUUCAUAAACCUAGCUUGGGAGUGGCCACUGGAAUUCCUCGCUGGAACUGCAAUACAUCGCUCGCUGGAACUCAGGAUACUGCUGUUGCCAUUGUCGAGCUUGACGGCUGUGUUAUUAUAUCAAGGAACGAAUCCCGCACUAUAUUACCUCAUCGGAUGUGGGAUAUAUUUCUGGGCGUACACAGAAGGCGAGGUUGUCUGUGCAAAGCCUUGGACGCUACCACGAAGACCGAAUCAUACGAAGCAAUUAGAACAGACAUGA